AUGUAUUCUAAUAAUGAUAAUUCAACAUUUGUUCCAAUGGAUGUUACUAAUGUUUCGGAUACAUCAUUAAUAUUACAUAAGAAAAUAAAACCAGGACGAGGAUAUUGUGCUAUCUGUGGAGCUAAACCAACAGGAAUUAAUUUUGAUGUAUUGACUUGUUCAUCAUGUAAAGCAUUCUUUCGACGGAAUGGUACUAAACCAUUGGAACAAUUUAUUUGUCGUUUAUCUGGUGAAUGUAAAAUUGAUGAACGUUCACGUCGUCAAUGUACAGCAUGUCGUUUAAGAAAAUGUUUUGCUAUGGGAAUGAUUAAAGAACGUAUACGAACAGAAGAACAAAACCAACGUCAUCGUGCAUUAGUUCUAGAAAAUCGACGACAAAAAUUUAAAAAAUAUCAACAACAACAAGAAGAAACUCGAUUAAGAAUUCUUGGAGAACAUCAUCAUCAAGAUUUUUGUUCAACAUCAUAUUUAUUUUCAAAUAGUCAUUUACGUUAUAUUGAUUUAAUAUUUGAUUUAUUUAUUGAAAGUUCACAACAAAUAAUUCCAGAAGAUUUUAUAUUUAAAUAUGAUUAUGAUUUAACAAAUGUUCUUAAUUCAUAUUGUACACCAAUAUCAUGUUUAAUUAUGUUUUUUAAACAAUUAUCUCAAUUUCAACAAUUACCUGUUGAUGAUAGACUUAUUCUUUUAAAAAAUAAUAUUAAAAUUCUUUUACCUCUUUUAACACAUUUAUUAAAUACAACUUUUGAUAUAAAAAUUCUUGUUAAUCAUCCUGGUCCAAAUUAUAUUAAUAAUAAAAUUGCAUAUGCUAGUUCAUUGUUUGAAGAUAUUGCAUUAGAUGAUAAUAAAUUAUUAAUACUUUUAAUUGUUAUUUUUCUUUUUUGUCCAUGUUUAUUUACAAAUGAAUCAUUAUAUGAUGCCGGUUAUAUUAACAAUCAUUCAAGACAAUUGAUACAAUAUGCAUAUGAUGAAUAUACACAAUUGUUAUGGUAUUAUAUUCUUGAAAAAUGUCUUGAUCAAGAAGAGCAAGCUGUAUUAACAUAUAUGAAAAUAGUGACAACAUUUCUGCAUUUACAAAAUGUAACCAGUGAAAUUUAUGGUAUAGUCGAAUGUUCAGUUCAGGUUGAUCAAUUACAUAUGAUGAUGCAAUCAGUUUUACAUUUAACAUAG